AAUACAUCAGUGGUAACAUUGAUUGAAGUAAAUAACACAAGAAGCCGGUCCGUUUUCAAAAUCAGUUCUUAACACCAAAUUUUUUGCUUAUGUAUACGCACUUCACACAAUUUUCUUCAAUUGUAAUACUUUUUCCAUCUGUCUAGCACGCUCACUGCUUUUGUUUACGCGUACCCUGUUAACAAGUUCCAUGCCUCUGGGAUACACGAUCCCGCAGUAAAGGCUGUAUAUAUCACGAUAAAAACACAAAAGUAAUACCCAGAAUACAAAUAUGGGUUACAGGAUAGCAAUGGUUUCGGACUUCUUUUUCCCCCAACCGGGAGGAAUUGAGUCUCAUAUAUUCCAGCUAUCACAGAGACUGAUUGAUUUGGGUCAUAAAGUAAUAGUAAUCACACAUGCAUAUAAGGACAGGACUGGAGUUCGAUAUCUCACCAAUGGUCUGACUGUAUAUUACGUUCCAUUUUAUACUAUAUAUCGUGAAACCAGUUUUCCUUCUAUCUUCUCUUUCUUCCCCAUUUUCCGCAACAUCGUCAUCCGUGAGGGCAUUGAAAUUGUCCAUGGACAUGGAAGUUUAUCUUCCCUUUGCUUAGAAGCCAUAUUACACGCUCGCACGAUGGGUUUGAAGGCCUGUUUCACAGAUCAUUCAUUGUUUGGCUUCGCCGAUGCAAGCAGUAUACUUACAAACAAACUACUGAAAUUUAUUCUCAGUGACAUAGAUAAUGUUAUCUGUGUAUCGCAUACUUGCCGUGAGAAUACUGUAUUACGUGCUGUGUUGGAUCCUACAAAAGUGUCCGUUAUUCCUAACGCCCUUGUCGCUGAAAACUUUAAACCGGAUCCAUCGAAAGCAUCUAAGGAUUACAUUACAAUUGUUGUCAUUUCACGUUUAUAUUACAACAAAGGUAUUGACUUACUGACGGCUGUGAUUCCAAGAAUCUGUGCAAUGCAUCAAAAAGUACGCUUCAUUAUAGCGGGUGAUGGUCCAAAAGCUAUAGAUUUGGAGCAAAUGCGUGAAAAUUGUAUGCUUCAAGAUCGCGUCGAAAUGCUUGGAAGUAUUCGACAUGAUCAAGUUAGAGAUGUAAUGGUUCGUGGUCACAUUUAUUUGCACCCUAGUUUGACAGAAGCAUUCGGAACAGUAUUAGUCGAAGCAGCUAGCUGUGGUUUGUACGUUGUCUCAACAAAGGUUGGAGGUGUUCCCGAAGUUCUUCCAUCUCACAUGACACGGUUUGCUCGUCCGGGUGAAGACGACCUUGUGGAGGCUUUAUCAGGAGCCAUUAUUGAUUAUCAAAAUGGCAGGAUCCAAACGGACAAAUUUCAUGAACAAGUUAAAAAAAUGUAUUCCUGGCUGGAUGUUGCGCAGCGUACUGAACGCGUAUAUGAUCAUAUGUAUUUGGAGAAACCCCUUCCAUUGAUUGAUCGUUUAAAAUUAUACUACGGAUGUGGUCAAUGGGCUGGCAAACUAUUCUGUUUUGUAAUGGCCAUUGACUACUUACUAAUGGUAUUUCUGGAAUGGUUUUGGCCAGAAGCCGACAUAGAUCGUGCCUCGGACCGAGCUCCCAGAACACAUUCUAUUAAGCCAAAUAAUGAUGAGUAA